AUGUGGAAAAACAUCGAAAAUUUCUUCAUCACUAACCUUGGUGUUUCCUUCAGACCUACUAAUCACCAAUACAAGAUCAAUUUCAUUUAUGCCACUGAUAUCACUCCAUUAGCAAUCCAAAAAGACAGCAUCUUUUUGAGUUUGGUGGAUUUCCAAACUAUUGAGAAUGGAGUGGAAGAUACAAACAUCUUAACUGGUAUACCUAUGUUAUUGGAGAAGUGUCUGAUUUGGGAGCUCUACAGACAAUUCAGUGCUUGGGAUAACCAAGAAAGAAAAUUGAGUUCAGAUUACUUGCUGCCUGUGGGGAAAGUUGUUGAAAACAGUAAAGCUAACUGUGACGCAGCUGGUGAAGAUUCUGUUAUAUGCCUCUUACGUUUUGUGAAAAUUGGCACCUAUAGAAAUGAGAUUCAAAUUUCAAACUCAUAUGAUGCUUCUCAAGUCUUUUUCAACCCGCCAAUAAUGGAGACUGAAGCUUUUUUCAAAAGGGAUGUUGAAUCCAAUGCUUUGACAUUGGUUGAAUCCGAUCAAGAUAAACUUGAGAGGGAGAUUAGACGCGACCCUUGGAUGCAAUACCCAACUAGAGACAUAGCAGAGCUACGUCAAUCAACUGAGAUUGAGAAAUGCAGAAUCAUUGCUACAAUCUAUGCUAUUGACAAGGAUUGGGGUUGGUACUAUUUUGGAUGCAAAGUUUACCACAAAAAGGCCUCCAAGAUUUCAAGAACAAUUAAAAUUGUGGCAGAGAAUGAGGUUGUAACUCAUAUGUGGUGGUGUGAAAAGUGCGAUGAUAAGGUCACACAAGUCUUACCUAACGGAGUUGUUCCUGAAUCUGCUUCCCACUUGCUCAACGGUUCCUUAGAAGAGCUAAAAGAUGCUGAGUCUUUUCUUGAGGCUAUUACUUCUUUGAUUGGAAAGACUUUCAUGUUUGGAGUUUACAUUGAGAGUGCCAAUGUUAGUAGCAAGGGUGGGAUGUAUAGAGUUGGUAAGAUGUGGAAAGAUCUGAGUAUGCUACUCACUGCUGGUAGCACCAGUCAAUCAUUGACCUUGUCUGACGUAGAAACUAAUAAUUUAAGUUCUUCACAGGGUUUGAUUUUACUAAUGGAAAGUCAAGCAGUGGACGACACUGUGGUAACUCCAUCAUCUAAACGCAAAGAAUCCAAUAAAAACAAUGUUAAAGGAAAUCAGCCUCAGUGUUCUAAGGGAUUUCGAGCUACUGCCUUCUCCAAGUCAGACAACGUCAAGCAACCUAAUGCAAUGGAGUGGUACACGCCUCAACACAACGAGUCAGAAGAAGAAGAUGACUUUCAAUCAUCUGUUAUCCACAAUUUCUCUGAGGAAGGUGAAGAUUAUAGUAAUCAGAGUUACUACAGUGAUCAGAGCUAUGAUGUUAGUAGUGAAGAUGAGUACAUAGAUGAGGGUGAUCCUACUCACAAAUGUGACUACUGUGGUGGGAAAAUGUGA